UUAUCAUUGCAGUCUGACGCAACUAGUCGUCCUCCUACAGUGCACCGCAGCCCGCCGAUACCCGUCACACCUAUGGUGCAGAGGCCAUGUGAACUCCUUCUCUCCCCUUCCCACACCGAUACAGUUCUCCCAGUUCGUAACGAUGAGUCUGGUGGUUCACCCAUUGAAGUGAUGCUCCCAAAUCUCACGGCAUACAUCACCAAGGACGACGAAUAUCCCGUUGCUCAUGGCGGGUUCGGAGACAUCUGGAAAUGCACCUAUUCCAUAGAUAGGGAACUGAUCAAAGUUGCAGUGAAAGCAUUGCGUGUGAACACUGCUGAUCAACUUGGUCCAGCGAAGGCGAAGAAGAUCAAGAGGAUAACGCGUGAACUCAGAAUAUGCGCCAACCUCAAGCACAAGAAUAUUCUCCCCAUCUAUGGUUAUACUUACGGCUUCGGCCCAUUUAUAGCGCUGGUCAGUCCUUGGGCGGAGAAUGGAAACCUGAUGGUCUAUCUAGAGCGUGUGGGUGCGGAUCUUACUGUCCUUCGACGAUUCCAGAUCCUCAGGGAUAUCAUAGCUGGUCUCCAAUAUCUUCACGCUAACAGCGUCAUCCAUGGCGACUUCACUGGUCCUAAUGUACUCAUCCAUGGUGAUGGUACUGCGUGUGUUGCCGACUUCGGUCUCUCCUUGAUGUAUUCGGAGGUCAUAAGCACCUCUCAGGCUUCCUGGACGUCCACGCUCAACGGAAAUGCACGAUGGAUGGCUCCCGAGCUGCUCGCAGAGCGGGAGGAUGGGUCCCUAGCACGGCCGAGCGAGCAGAGCGACAUAUAUUCAUUCGGCGGUAUCAUGUUGCAGGUCCUCACCAAUAGUACUCCCUAUUAUUACCUCCGGAAUGAUCUCGCCAUCAUAUGGGCUAUGCAGAAGUCAGAGAUGCCUUCCCGAUCGCGCUAUCCUCCGCUGCCCGACAAAUACUGGGAGUUUAUUGAGAAAUGUUGGUCUACAGAUCCGCGGAACCGUCCAUCGACAGAGGCAGCUGAGGGAGUAAUCAGGAAUGAAUAUUAUGCGCUAUCCAGAUCUCCUUGAUUCUUGAACUGCCUUUAAUACAAUCAUGUGUUUACGGUACAACCAAUUGGAUGACUAGCUCGGUAUGCUACUCAGGUAUCGCAAAUGUAGGCCCUCCCCCCCGCCAUUUUGUGGUAAGAGCUCGGGACUAAACGUUUCUUGGGAAAACGAACCAGCAACUACA